AAUCCAAUAUGGCGGCGCCCUGCAACUCUGUUUACUGACGGAGGUCAGAAUAACAGCUUGAAUCUUGAAAACUCACCAAGAAGCCCACUAGAAGCUGACAUGUUUCCAGAAUCUGUUCAUUGUUUAAAAACGGCGGCUCCGUUUUUCCCCCAAACCGUGUUGUUGAAGGACUUGAGGCGGCUGUGCACACAUGGAGGAGCCAGCCACGUUCAGCCCAGCAGGCACUUCGCUGUCAGCCGCCCUCUGGCAGCCAAGGUCCCCCCACCGCGCAAACCCAGGGAGCGAGUGGAGAUCCCCGGGCUGGAGAUGGUGACUUACGGGGAAAGGAUGCACUUUGUGCCGGGGCUGUCGAAGCCCGUUAACCCACAGUGGGAGAGGGACUACAAGGACCCGAGAUAUUACAAGGCUCCUCCGGCCCACGAGAUGCCGCUGUUCAAAGAGAAGCCGUGCUUUGUGUACAACCAGAGGACCAGUGCACUGGAAGGCGUGCGUCAGGCUCUGUGGUUGACCAAAACGAAACUGAUUCCCGGUCUGCCGCCUCAGCUCCUCUCACUGACAGAGAGUCCUGCCAAUCAAAUACCAGAUCAGGAUGAACGCGUGCAGAACGCCAUCAAACACGCCCGCUUCUGGGACACGACACAGGAACGACCAGGCAAAGAGAAAUACAGCAACACUUUGCUCUUCAACCUGCUCCAUCUAUGUGCAACUCUACAGUCCAGCCACCCAGGGAUUGGAAGGAGGAUCCUUUCUGAGAAGUACUCUUUGGCAGCCACAUGGAAAAGAGGUGAGGACCUGUUCCAGAUCCGGGGUCAGAAUGGUUUAUUGCAAAACUGCAUGGAUCCUCUCCCAGAGGUUUCUGGGAAACAGGAAGUGGGCCACACGGCAGAUCAAGUCCUGGAAACCUUGUACCCCGUUUCCCCCACCAUCGACCUGCAGCAAGUCCACAUGUACAAAGAGCAGCUGAACUGUACCGGGUUCAGGGAUGACUAUCCUUAUCCUCAUGCCCACACACUGUACUUCCUGGACGGAGCCGAUGCUACCUGUAAGCUCCGGCCAGAGCAGUUCAGAGCCAAGAUGCUCAUGUUCGCCUUUGGAAACGCUCUGGUCCGUGCGCACAAACUCUACGGGAGCCAGCCCCAGCGUGUAUUAGAUCGUCCCAUAACGGUACAGGCGGUGGGGACCAACGGCAGAAUUUUUCAGUUUCUGGUUCUCCAGCUCAACACCACAGAUCUCUCCGGAGACGACGGCAUCAAGAACCAGGUGUGGCUGGAUGAAAAUGUUGAGCUCUAUGACUUUGCAAAAGUGCGACCACUCAUCAAGAAGAAGCAAGUGAAGGUACCAGCUGGUCUGGCAGGAUACAAGCCUGAAGUCUUCAGCAAGUUCCUGGCCCUGUACCUGCAUGGAGCCGUGUAGGACUGUGUGUCUGAGAUCUAAACCAAUAUCGCUCCUUUCAGGCAAUAAACUGUUUCACAUCAA